AAGUGCUAUCAGACUGUUGUGAGAUUAGGUACUUACACUGGUAAAGUGCCCAGAUACAAUUCCCUGCAGGCCUGCAAAGGCACAAUGUUUUUCCUUCCCUUGCCACUAAACAAGACCAUAGAAACCUUAAACAAGGUUCAACAGCAUACCUCUCUCCUACCAGACCCAGAGUUGUACAUUAUUGUCAAUGGUAGGCCAACCAAGAGUAAUGUUGUGUGGCGUAGUUUGGUGGAUGUGAACCAUGUUAAGACUGCAAUAAGAAAGUUGAGGUCCUGUAACUGGCUCUACAGAGAUGUUCAUGAGAAAUGCAUUGAUGAGAGCACUAAACACAUCAUUGAGGUCUCUAACAAUGCAACCACAGAAAUGUUGAAAAAGGUUUCCCCAGAUGAGGUAGAUGGGUUUCAGGCCUACACCAUUAGAAACCUGGAUAGCAAGCUCUCCAUUGGUUCAGACUUAGAGCAGUACAGACUUAUGAGCAUCACAGAGGACCCUAUUACCAACAAGCAGCAGCAUUUAGAUGUGAUGUGUUUCCCUGUGCUCUUCCCUACUGGGAAGUUUGGAGAGUUCCACCCUAGGAAAGAGAAGAUUUCUCCCAGUGAGUACAUCAAAUCUAGGCUGCUUAACAAGGACUCGCGUUUCCGUAAAGAUGCACAAUAUGUGUUUUACCUUUUGUGGCAGAAGGAAAUGCGACAACUCGCAUCAGGUGUUUACAAUUUGUUAAAGAGUACCAGGAGACAGUCCAUGUCUGUUAACAUGUUACUAGAGCAGGUGAACACCUCAGACGAGCAGCUAGAAGCACGUUUGUGCACAAUGCUCCAGUCAGUCCGUGGUACCAAACAGUUCUGGUUCCUCAGACACACUGUGCUGAGUAUGAGUCCAUUGAUAUCACUGAGUUUCUUAGGAAAGUGAACAAUGUUCCUCCCAGUUACAACAUUGGGAAGCUGUGUGUUGAGGACCCAAUCUCAGUUUCCAGGAAAUUUUCCCUCAAAUUCCAUGCCUUUUUCCGAAAGGUCAUUUUGAAAGGUCAGGUCCUGGGUAUUGUAGACCACUUUUAUUGGAAGAAGGAGUAUCAGAAUCGUGGGGCUCCUCAUUACCAUGUCCUACUCUGGAUUAGAGAUGCACCACUCAUUGAUAGAGACGAUCCCGAGAAGGUGCUAGACUGGAUCCAGGAUAGAAUCACCUGCCACAUCCCUGAUGAACAGGGUAGCCCUGAGCUGCACAGACUAGUCACCAGGUACCAGAUGCACAAGUGCAGCAAGUACUGUAAGAGGCGGAAAAGGUGUGGAAAGACAGCAUUCAUCACCAGGUGUAGGUUCGGGUUUCCCAGGCCAGUGUGUGAGACUGCUCAGCUCAACCCCGUCCAGGAGAGCCUGAAAUCCCGUAACCGAAUUUACCAGUUGGUCCGUACUCUGGCUGAAACAAGGGUGAAUGACUACAACCCACUGUUAUUGAUGCUGUGGAAGGCUAAUAUAGACAUUCAGUUUGUAGCCGAAGCCUCUCUAGCUCUUGCUCACUAUGUCAGUGGCUAUGUCACCAAGGCUGAGCGUAGCAACAUGCAAGACAUCUGGCAGGAAGUUAGUGAGAACAAGAGCAUUUACAGUCGCCUUUUCAGCUUUGGUGUUAGAAGUUUACGGUUCAGAGAGUGUGGUCUGUAUGAGGCCAGUGAUCUACUGCUGGGAGACCACCUCACUGAGAAGUCUGACACAGUCAAGUGGGUAGACGUCUCCAUGCCUCACAAGAGAUCCCGUAGACUGAAGAACCACAAAGUCUUACAAGAAAUGGCUAGGCUGAACCCAGAUAGUCAGAACGUAUUUGAGGAUAAUGUCCUAGAUGCAUUCUAUCCUCAGAGACCAGCCGCCCUUGAGAAUGUUUGUUUGUAUGACUUUGUGGCCAACUAUGAGUUCCAGGGUAUAGACACCAAUGGUCAGAGAGUGUACAAGAAACUUAGCAAGCCUAAACUCCCUAACCACAAAAUCUUUUGACCCUGAAAAUGAGAACCAGAAAC